AUGUUGCACAUUUCCAGCGCACAAAGGGCGAUCUACUCACGGGAUGAGUACCAAACUAUGCUCCAAGUUGGGAUGGACGUCGACUGGGCAAAGACGAACCAUGGUCGAAAGUAUGCCGUCAAGUCUCGAAACAGUAGUGUAAACGUACCUCUCAUCUUCAAAGAACGGGGCCUGAGCCAUGUGAGAAUACGAGUUGCAGAAUACGAUUUGACAGCCGCUCAUGAAAAGACAGGCAUGAAUCUGCUCGAUGAGAUCGAGAAACUGGUCGACGAAUGCCUGGCCGCAGACCUCAUUCCAAUUGUCGCUUUUCAGGCUGAGGGGUUCAAGACUGACCCAACAAGCGAAGCGGAGGCUAUUCGUGUUGUCAACUGGUGGCAGAGUGUAGCAACGAGGCUAGAGGCUAGGGAUUAUCGCCUAUCGUACAAUCUAAUUAUCGAGACCACAGAAGAUGUCAGGUUCCACAACGAUCGGUUGAAUGAACUCUAUCAAAACAUAACAGACGCUAUCCGUGCUACAGACGAACACCGCAUCUUGAUCAUCGCACCAAACAAAAUAUCAAGCCCUUUCGAACUAAAAGAUCUGGUGGUCCCAGAUGACGAGUAUGUAAUGGUUGAAUGGCAUUUCUAUGCCGCAGGUCCACAGAGGGACAAUCCAAGACGUCAAUGGACGACUGGUACUAAUUCUGAACAAGAGCUCGUACUGGAAAAAGUACGCGUUGCACACGAGUGGUCAGUGGUAAAAGGCAUUCCGACAUGGGUCGGGGCAUGGAUGGCGAGCAACUACAACAAAGACGGGGGCGGUAGUUCCGAGGGAUAUCCCACGGGUGGUGAUUAUACGAUUGCAGAGCAACAGGUCUUCGCAGAGUUUAUGAGCCGGACACUUCAAGACUAUGACAUACCCCACGCAGUCAACUCAGAUACGAAAUUUUAUGAUAGACAAGCCAACGCCUGGUUUCCUGAGAUGGAAGCGCUUCUCGACAUUAUCGUUCGCGAUUAUGAUGCACGUCGUUGAUGAAGCGAUAGGUGUUGAAAAGUAGAAGACCAUACAAGUGUGGCAUCAACAUGUUACGGGAGCAUUGUUACUGCAUGUGCAGUUUAUUGGCAAGGGAAUGGUCUUUUGGCCACACACUUCUAUAUUUGACCUUUCUUUUUACGGACUUCAUCGAUCUCCUUUUUGAGGUGCGACGAAGUCAUCCUCACGAGGAGUAUUAAGAAUCUCAUCGGGUGUGUCGGGGUAGUAUAAAAGCAGCUCCCCUUUUCCUAAUAGAGGAAAAAGGAAGCAGCACACAGAGAGAAUAAUCUAAACCAUCCUACAAGUCAAAGUUCCGUUCGUCGGAAGAUAGGGGUGAGUAAAAGGGUACCGUCCGUCGGUGCUGAAUUUUUCUCUUA